CUUGAGAAAGGACAAUACUGUGAAAACACAAACAUUUUAAAUCGUCUGUAAGAUAAGAAAUUGCCAUGCACGUGUUUUAAGGUUCAUCUGUUUACAUUAUAGUCGCUACGCAACCCGUCACCACGACAACAAGGAAAACAAGAACACUAACGGCGUUUAAAUCCUUGUCUUUUUUUUGUUUUAUUUUUUUAAGCACGCGUGUAUUAAAUGUAAAUAUAGUUUGACUUCGCGUGUUUAAUUGAACUUCUCACUCGUAUUUUUUGCAGCUCUUUGUGUUGGGCGUAAAAUGGCAAAAAGCUAUGGAUCACUUGUCAAGAAGGCCGUUGUCCUGAUUGAUCAGUUCCCAGCUAGCAAAAAGGAUCUGGACGACUAUAUUGAAGAUGCUUCAAAAGAUCUGGAGGCAAGCCAAUAUGAUCAUGUUCAAUUUCAGUCCAAAAACCUUUACUGUAAAUGUCUUCCAGGACAUGGAACCUCAGCGUCAGGAGUUUGUGCUCCUUACUGUUUCGGGAUGUAUUGAGCAAAAGAAGAUACUGGACAUAAUUAUCAAUUGCUUCUAUAACCGUGAUGGGAAACACUUACCAAAUUAUUUUCGCAGCCAGUUUGUUGUGAUCUGUUAUCUCAGUCUAUUCCACCUUGAUGACAUUGGACUUCGGGCUUUUAGCAACAUUGUUACAUCUCUCAACAAUAAUAAAAUCAUGCACAGGUUCCUGAGUUUCUUCUUUAGGAACCUCACCACUUGGAUAGGAACAGAGUUGAAUUCUAUCUAUGAGUCUGAAUUUGUGAAGAACCACUGGCUUGACCCACUGCUGAGGAAGCGCUCCAAGAUUGAGAUGUUUUUAACCAAGCUCGUAGCUGAUGAGCCGGACUCUCCAUCCAAAACCACUAAGCCUAUAGGAUUCUCUUUUUGUAAUCGUAAACCACCAUGUCGACCUCAGCCUGAGAUCUGCCCUGCGCCAGACAAAUACAUGCCAGUACCGGACAGCAUGUACGCAAUUCCCAAAGAGGUUCAGGUAUUAGAUGAGCUCAAGCAAAGGAACCAACAAAUGACAGAGGAGCUUCUGUAUGAGGCUAACUUGACAUCAUUUAAAUGUGCAAGACCACAAAAGUCUGAACAAACAAAGAGUGCCAUGGCCAAGCUGAAAGAAGAGCUGGACUCAAAACACAAGUUCAAUAGAGCUUUUAAAAGUCAGCCUUUUCCAAGUAAUAAGAAAACCUGGCCAGUGAAACUCAACAGUGCCACAAUCCUACGACAGAGGGCGCUAUACGACCGCAAAGUGGAGGAAGAGAUACAGAGGAUAGAGAAUCUGGCGGGAGGGGGAUAUGAGCCAUCUUCUUUUAUUCAGUGGCAAAAAGAAAUGCGCGACAAAGACUAUCAAGAAAGAAGUGCAAUAAUUGAUCGGAAGCAUGCGGACGCACUAAUCAACCAUCUCGAGAUUGCUAUAGACCGCACAAAAGCAACAGAACUUAAAAAGAAGGCUGCUCGGCUCAAAAAAGAAGAGAUGUCUCAAAUGAAACUGAAAAACGCACAGAAAAGAAUUCAAGAGGUAAACGAAAAGCGAGACUUGGCACAACAAUUGUCAGAAAGCUGUAAAAAGAACCCCCGAAAAGCAAAAGAGAACUUGAAGAAGGUCAAGCAAAGUGUCGUAAAGCAAAUCUCAGAAUAUUCUCAAGCGCUCCUUCGUCAAGCCCAAGAGGAAUCACAAGCAGAGCUUGACAGAAAGUUUCAAAUCAUCAAGGAACUCCACACAAUCGAACAUUGUCCUCUCAAUAGGCUCAAAUUUGAUGACACAGAGACUGCAGGUCAUGAGCUGCUCGGCGAGAUGUCCCACGCUGAGCUGAAGGAGCGUCUGAACUUCAUGAAGGACGCAGACAUGAAUGAAGUGCGGAAGAAACGAGAUUGCAUCCUAGAGGAGAAACAGAAAAAGCAGAAGCUGCUGUUGGAGGAAAUGGACAAUAUUAACUUUCAUAAUAAAGUCAUGGGAAUAGCUUCUGUUCUCAGAAACGAAGAAGAAAGGGAAGCCGAGCUUAGACAGCAGCAAACUCGAGAGAAGACAAUCAUGAGACGACAAACAAAGUUGGAAGAGAAAAAGCAAGAAUAUAAAAAAAUGAUGAGAGGUCUAAACAAGACCAAACCAAAGCAGGCAGCAGUAAUUGAAAACACAGAGACCCAAAGCAAAGCGAGCAUGAAAUCCAAAUCAGCUAGAUUGAAGAAGAAGAUCAACUGGGAGCAGUUGGAGCAGAGUUUGGAAGAGUAUAUCGAGAGGCAAGACUCUCAAGUUGUAUCUUGGAGGGAAACAACCCCAAAAUAA